CUGUGGAGGCCGGGAGCGUCGGGGCAGGCCCCGCCCAUCCUUUCAGUGCGCGGAGCCCUCGAAGCGCCCGCGGAGCUGCCGGAGGCUAGGCGAGUACGGUUCAGACCGCCUCCUCAUCAGAAAUAGCCAGUCUGGCGCCUUCCUGCUAGAUUGACCUUUCAUUCAUUGGAUAGAGUCUCGGACACUGUGUCAUCAUCGUUUUGAGCCUGAAGUGCUAAAAUACAGGUGCAGGUGUUUGAGAACCACGGCAGUAGGUUUGUGAAGCUUUAUUAUGAUCAUGAGUGUAAAUGACAGAAGGCUGAGGCCGGGGUGCUAGGGAACCUUGCCGUGCUGGGAUUCCCGUUGACACCCCGACGGAGCUUGGCUGCAGAGCCCCGGAGUCCCGCACUUCCGCCCGCCAGGUGGCGCUGGUUCUGACGCCGACUCCCGGAGAGACUAAGGCCGGCCACUCAAGAUGGCGCCGUCCGCGUUCCUUCGUCCCUUCUCCCGGCUGCUGGCCCCCGCCAGGCUCCCGAGCCGCUCUUCAGCGCGGUCGAAGUUCUACGCGCGCGAGCCUCCGAAUGCCAAACCUAACUGGCUGAAAGUUGGGUUGUCCGUGGGCACCAGCGUCUUCUUGUGGGUCUAUCUCAUCAGAAAACAUAAUGAAUAUAUUGUAGAGUACAAAAGAAGAAAUGGACUGGAAUAAACUUGAAAUACUAAUAUAGUAUGCUCCAUAUGGUGACUGUAGCUGUUUCUCUGGAUUUACCAUCUGUUGAAUUGUAAAUGUGAGAAAAAAGGUUGUAUGUGACUAUAUACGAAGUCAGCAGUUGUAUUUUGCAUCAUUAAAUGAAAAUAAAUAAAAAAUGCUUCUGUAUUCUUCAGAUAAA